CGAGGUCAGGAGGAGGAGAAAGCACGUGUGGCUCCUGAGUCCUGCGCUGUCCUUCCUGGGGGAGCUGUUCAAUAGCACUGACGAGCAGCGUACAGUUUUGAGUCUCGCAUCAUGGUCAGUAAGACGGACGAAAUUGCUGCUUCAGAGCCACUAGACAUCGGAAAGCAGAAUGCUGGAACGCCAACGAAGAAGGACACCGGUGCGCACGUUGGACACUCCGAGGUCAUGCCAGUGAUGAAUGGCGACAGUGUUCACCACAGUGAAGGGGAUGAGCAUAAGGAGAAUGGAGGUGGUGGCACAGAGCAAGGCGAUGAUGGGAAUGAACAGGAAGUAAUCGUCAUCCAGGACACUGGCUUCACUGUUAAGAUUCAAGCCCCAGGAGCUGAGCCCUUUGAUUUGCAGGUUUCACCUCAGGAGAUGGUCCAAGAGAUCCACCAGGUACUGAUGGACCGGGAAGACACAUGCCACCGGACUUGCUUCUCCCUGCAGCUCGAUGGCAACGUACUUGACAAUUUUGCAGAGCUUAAAUCAAUUGAGGGGCUACAAGAAGGCUCUUUACUUAAAGUAGUUGAAGAACCAUAUACUGUUCGUGAAGCCCGAAUCCAUGUGCGUCACAUCCGGGACCUGCUCAAGAGCCUUGAUCCCUCUGAUGCCUAUAAUGGUGUUGACUGCAACUCACUGUCCUUCCUGAAUGUCUUUACUGAAGGAGACCUUGGAGACAGCGGUAAACGUAAGAGGAAAAGUAGUGAAUUGGAACAGAUUGACUGUACCCCUCCUGAGCACAUUCUUCCUGGCAGUAAAGACCGUCCUUUGACUCCACUUCAGCCACAGAAUAAAGACUUGAAGCCUCUUCAGUGCCUGAGGGUCCUGACAAUGAGUGGUUGGAACCCUCCUCCAGGAAAUCGGAAAAUGCAUGGAGACUUAAUGUACUUGUAUGUAGUGACAAUGGAAGAAAGAAAUGUGAGCAUCACAGCUUCAGCUCGUGGAUUCUACCUCAACCAAUCAACUACUUAUACAUUCAACCCAAAACCAGCCAAUCCCAGUUUCUUGAGCCACUCCUUGGUAGAGCUACUUGGCCAAAUCAGCCCAGCCUUUAAGAAACACUUUGCUGCUUUACAAAAGAAAAGAGUUCAGAGGCACCCAUUUGAAAGAAUUGCCACACCUUUCCAAGUAUACAGCUGGACAGCUCCACAGGUGGAUCAUGCCAUGGACUGUGUGCGUGCUGAAGAUGCUUACACUUCCCGACUUGGCUAUGAGGAACAUAUACCGGGCCAGACAAGAGACUGGAAUGAAGAGUUGCAGACAACGAGAGAGUUGCCACGCAAGAACCUGCCGGAGCGCCUGCUAAGAGAGAGGGCAGUUUUCAAGGUUCAUAGUGAUUUUGCUGCAGCAGCUACACGAGGAGCAAUGGCAGUCAUUGAUGGGAAUGUGAUGGCCAUUAAUCCUGGGGAGGAGACACGAAUGCAGAUGUUCAUUUGGAACAACAUUUUCUUCAGCCUGGGCUUUGAUGUGCGAGAUCAUUAUCGAGAGCUAGGUGGAGAUUAUGCUGCACAUACUGCACCUACCAAUGACUUGAAUGGGGUGCGCGCUUAUGGAGCAGUGGAUGUGGAGGGGCUGUAUACACUGGGUACAGUAGUAGUAGAUUACAGAGGAUACCGUGUUACUGCUCAGUCCAUUAUCCCUGGUAUACUGGAACGAGAACAGGAACAGAGUGUUAUCUAUGGCUCCAUUGACUUUGGCAAGACUGUUGUCUCUCACCCCAAAUAUCUUGAGCUACUAGAAAAAACAAGCCGGCCUCUCAAAGUGCAGAAGCAUUUGGUUUUGAAUGAUAAAGGAGAGACAGUUGAACUGUGCUCCUCUGUGGAGUGUAAGGGUAUUAUUGGCAAUGAUGGCCGCCACUACAUAUUGGAUUUACUGCGCACCUUUCCUCCAGACCUCAACUUUUUGCCAGUGGAAGGGGAAGAGCUUCUGGAAGAAUGCACUGCAUUAGGAUUUCCACGUAUGCACCGCCACAGGCUGGCAUGUCUGCGCCAGGAGCUGAUAGAAGCUUUUGUGGAACACAGGUACCUUCUCUUCAUGAAGAUGGCUGCUUUGCAACUGAUGAAACAGAAAGCUAAUCAGGAAAACAAGAAACUUGAAAAUGGCACAUCUGUUUCCAUAACUCAAUCAGCAAAUAAAGAAGAGGAUCAAGAUCCAUCAAUGCUUGACACCAUUUCUGCUGCGUCAUCUAUCUCUGUCACAGAUAAUGGGGACUGCAAGGGUCUGGAAUCCUCGGAGGGUAAGGAUGGAGACGAGAAUAUCCCAGGUUUGGCUGAGGUUAAAGAACUGGCCACAGCUGUAGCUGCACAGGAUGGAACAGCAGACCCCAAAGGUUGUGAAGUUGUCCAGAAUGCAUGUAAAGCAGUUGGCUCCAUCAGCAGCACUUCCUUUGAUAUCCGCUUUAAUCCAGAUAUUUUUUCUCCAGGAGUACGUUUUCCAGAAAGUAGUUCAGAGGAGAUUAACAAGCAGAAGCAGUUGUUGAAGGAUGCCGCUACUUUCCUGGUGUCGUGCCAGGUUCCUGCUCUAAUCAAAGACUGUCUUGACCACAAUGCCCUGCCAAUGGAUGGAGCAACUCUGUCUGAAGCUUUGCACCAGCGUGGGAUUAAUAUGCGCUAUCUGGGUACAGUGCUGGACUUCAUUACUAAAACACCGUCUGGGGGACAGCUUGAUCAUGUUUAUAAAAUAGGAGUCGGCGAAGUGAUCACUCGUUCUGCAAAACACAUAUUUAAGACAUAUCUCCAGGGUGUUGAACUGUCUGCAUUAUCAGCUGCCAUAAGCCACUUUCUGAACUGCUUUUUGAGCUCAUUCACUGACACAGUUGGUCACCUUCCAACAGAUGAGCUAGUAUCCAAGAGAAAAAAUCGGCGACGGCGAAACAGAGCUCCUGGGAGUGGUGGGGCUGAUAACACCGCUUGGACCAGUCUGUCACCCUCUGACCUCUGGAGGAGCAUCAGCUCAGAGGCACAGAGCUAUUUUCACUUUACUAUACACAGUGAGACUGUGGAUCAAGCUGUGGAGAAAUAUGGGCUACAAAAAAUCAGCCUUCUCAGAGAGAUUUCACUGAAGACUGGUAUUCAGAUUCUAAUUAAGGAGUUCAAUUUUGAUGGCCGUCACAAGCCCACCUUUGUAGAAGAGGAUAUAUUGAAUAUCUUUCCUGUAGUGAAGCAUGUAAACCCCAAGGCUUCGGAUGCAUUUCACUUCUUUCAAAGUGGUCAAGCCAAAGUCCAGCAAGGUUUCCUGAAAGAGGGUUGUGAACUAAUCAAUGAGGCUCUAAAUCUAUUUAACAAUGUUUAUGGAGCCAUGCAUGUGGAGAUAUGCGCUUGUUUGCGACUACUGGCACGUCUCAAUUACAUCAUGGGAGAAUACCCUGAGGCUCUUAGUAAUCAACAAAAGGCUGUGCUGAUGAGUGAAAGAGUGCUUGGCAUUGAACACCCAAACACCAUACAGGAAUAUAUGCAUUUGGCUCUGUACUGCUUUGCCAACGGCCAGCUUUCAACUGCCCUCAGAUUGCUGUAUCGUGCUCGUUAUCUCAUGCUCUUGGUAUUUGGCGAAGACCACCCAGAGAUGGCCCUAUUAGAUAGCAACAUUGGUCUCGUCCUUCAUGGUGUCAUGGAAUAUGAUCUGGCGCUACGCUUCCUGGAAAGUGCUCUAGCCAUAAAUUCAAAGUAUCAUGGAGCUCGCUCCCUUAAGGUUGCACUCAGUCACCAUCUCGUCGCUCGAGUGUAUGAAAGCAAAGCAGAGUUCCGGUCUGCCUUACAGCACGAGAAAGAAGGCUACACCAUCUAUAAAAACCAGGUGGGUGAGAGCCAUGAGAAGACCCGGGAGAGCUCCGAGUAUCUGAAGUACCUGACCCAGCAAGCUGUGGCACUGCAGCGGACUAUGAAUGAAAUCUACAAAAAUGGCUCCAGUGCGAACAUUGUGCCUCUCAAAUUUACAGCCCCCAGCAUGGCAAGUGUCCUGGAGCAGCUCAACGUAAUCAAUGGCAUCAUCUUCAUCCCCCUCAGCCAGAAAGACCUAGAAAAUCUGAAGGCUGAAGUGCAGCGACGUCAGCAGCUCCAAGAAGCGGCACACAGUGGUGACCAGGAGGACGAAUGCCAGUCCGUCACAGAAAAGGAACAGGAGGACCCUAGUCAAGGACCGCAGCUGGAUUAGAAUGUUAGCGUAAACCCAAGGGACACAGAAUGUCAAAUUUCUAUGUGUAACAGAUUAAUAGGGUGACUUGAAAAAUAACCUUGCCUGUGCCAGCCAGCUGGGCCUGCGCUGGACCCCUUGAAUCUGAACUGCUGUGCCAGCUGCACCGCCACCUUUCCUGCUCAUACUGGUCCUUGAGGAGCAGAGGUGAGAGGCCGAGUCCACUCGUAGCGUGACCAGAGCCUUGGAGCUGCCCAUCACAAUCCCCUCCUUCAGCCACACACCUUUCUGUGACACUGGCUGCCAUAUCUUCAGUCCUCUUGAAGGUGGUCCUGCCAGGAGAAAAGUGGUGCUUUUUUUUUUUUUUUAACCAUCCGGGCACCCUCUCCUAUAAAAGAUGGUAAAGGGCCAUCUUUUCUUUUGAGCUGUAUUUGAGUGUUUGUCAGUCUAAACUAUGCAUUAAAACCGUCCUCUUUUUAUUUAAGCCAUACUGAAAAGGAGGUUUGGUGGUCUCUGGGUCAUGGUGAGGGUUCAGCUUAGUUUACAAGAUGUCUGCCUUGAUCAUCUGUGGAUUUGGUUGCACCCAUCGCUAAGUUUUUUUUGUGCCCUUUCUGGCGUCUUCUCAAGAUGAUUUGUUUCUUGAUUAAUGUUUGCUCCCAGAGUCUUGCUGUGGCCCUUGCAUUACAGAAAAGUUGGUCCAAAAUGUAGAGCUUAGUGUCGUUCCAGUUGUGUUCAGUAAAUUUGACUACUAAUAUUAAAUAUUAAAAGUUGUGGGAUUUGUUAAACACUUGCAGAAAUUACACGAGCUGAGGGGCCUUCUUUGUUAUGUCAUUUCCUACUGGCGACUGUUUGCCUGCCAUCUUCUGUUUUGGUCCCCUGGUCUGUAAAAUCGUAGCCGGCCAUUGCAAUGUUACGACUCUUGCCUCACCCGUUCUUCAUGUUUUGUGUUUGAGGACACAGUGGAAUUCUGUCCAUGUGACAAGUCCACCCCCCCCAUUACCCACAACCCCCCGGUCAAGCGCCCGCUUCCUGUGCUCGUUUUGGCUCAAUGGGCAAUAACAGUGGAGUGUAGAUUCUUGUUACCAAAAAAGGUUCAUUGGUGUAAGGCCUGUAAAUACAAAUUUGUUGACUUUUCUAUUUAACAAAUGAACACCUCAAACGCCAUCGAUCCAGUUGGAUGAGGACCUGAUGUUUUUAAUGAGGCGGUGGGCCACCUGGCGUGCUCUUUGCAUGUCGUUUUAUAAGUAGGUCACUACCACUCUCUGUUCUCUUUGCGUUUCUCAGUUCUGUUUUUGCCUGUAGCCUGCUGUCUGUCUUGCAUUGGUGGCACGGAUUUGAACACCGACAGGAACCUGCGCUCCACAACCAAACCUGGCAGUAGAGCAGGUGUCGGCCAUAACCGUCCACUUGCUGUUUACAGUCUCGGCUCUCGUUCUGCGCCAUUCAGUGAAUGUAACCAGUGCAGGCUGAUCUGCUAUGUGGCUGUUCUUUUUCUUAAUGAUGAAUACCAGAAGCCUUUACAAAUUACUGACGACCCCCUUUCAUACAUCCACAACGGCAUGGACUAGAUGGCACACUGAUGCUAACUAACCAGGAGGCUCAGGAGUUGACAAAAGAAGAGUUGAUGGGUGUAGUGGUUUGCUUAUGAUCUAAACCAGGGGUAGGCAACGUCGGUCCUGGUGAGCCACAGUAUGUGCAGGUUUUUGUUCCAACCCAGUUCCUUAACGAGAACUCAAUUAUUGCUGAUGAAGCACAUAUUGCUUAAGUGACAUUUUGAUGCUUCAUUUUAGUGGUCUCGCUUGUUAAGGUUCUCCAACCUUAAUUGCUUAUUUCAAUCUUAAACUGCUGCAUUCAGUGUUUUAAUUGCUCCUUAUUAGCAAUAAGAUGUAAAACAGGGGUAGGCAAUGUCGGUCCUGGUGAGCUGCAGUGGCUACAGGUUUUCAUUCCAACCCAAUUGCUUAAUUAGAAACCAAUCAUUGCCAAUCUCAGACCUUAUUUAAUUUUAUGGCUUGUUAGUCUGUGCAAUGUAAGGCUUUUAUAUCGUAGAUUUUUUUCCUUUCCAAGGAUAUCAUCCAAAUGAUUUGAAGCCUAAAACAGAUCAUUUUCAGUCUGUCACAUUUUUCUAUUAAGUGUUUUAUUAAAUCAAACCGUGCAUGAUGAACACACACAGAUGUAAUUGGAAAAAAGCUAGCUGGAGAACUGCUGGCUGCUUUGUCUUUUACAUCUUAUUGCUAAUAAGGAGCAAUUAAAACACUGAAUGCAGCAGUUUAAGAUUGAAAUAAGCAAUUAAGGUUGGAGAACCGUAACAAGCGAGACCACUAAAAUGAAGCAUCAAAAUGUCACUUAAGCAAUAUGUGCUUCAUCAGCAAUAAUUGAGUUCUCGUUAAGGAACUGGGUUGGAACAAAAACCUGCACAUACUGUGGCACUCCAGGACCGACGUUGCCUACCCCUGAUCUAAACCAUUAGGAACAUGGCACUGCCACAAUGGCCCCUGCAAGUCCAUCCAGCUUUGUAGAACAGUAAAUGUGCUUCGUCUGAGCCUCGUCACUCGUGUGUUCAUAUUGACUGAGGGCCGCACGCACGCGCAGUUCUCCCCUUGACAAGCAGGGGUGAUGGACGUCUGUAUUGUGAGGUUUCCUCGUGGGAUCAGUACCCUCUCCGACUUUGACGCACGAUCUUGGGGGUCCCGUUGUGUGUUCAAACAAAUACCCAGCCACUCAUGGGGUGUAUGUGUGAAAGGGGCCAGAACAGCUGAUUUCACCAUGAAGCGUGGAGGCCAUCUCAAAUGCUGUAGGCUUCAUUUCCUUGCAGUAUGUGAGGAAGGUCCUAGAUGCCCCCCUAGUCCUGCAGCAGGCCCUUCCCAGUAGCAGACGGGGUUGUUCUGCCGUCUCCCAAAUAGUAUUGGAACACAUUGCUUGAAGAACUGGGAAAACUGUCUUUAAAAUAUGCAAAAUAAAAUUGAGAGAAUGUUCAGAA